UUGGGGUGAGGCGGUGUGUUCUGGGGUGCACAACUUUCUGCGUGUUUGCGCAGUUUCGCAGCGUUUCAUAUAGUCUGGAUAAACCGAAACACAGUGUGUUAAUCCGCGGAGCUCGACAGCAACGUGUUCAAAUCAGCGGAAAUACCAGAGCAGGCCAUUGCAAGGCACAGUUUCCACGCAUUCACCGUCUCAUGUGCCCUACUCGCUGAUGCGGGGAGAAAGUUGUGGACAUUUUUUUCCUGGAGUGGACGGUUUUGCGGAUCGAGUGUGCAACAUUGUAAUUACAGCGUUAAUGAGCAUCUCCAGCCUGUCCGGAUUUUUGGAUUAUGUGUUUUUGGGAUUAUAAACUCGCCUGUUUGCCAUAGUGUGCGCUGUGAAACUCGAGGGAAAGUUGUCAGUUAUGACAUUUGCUGCGCACAAUCCCUUCAUGGAGCUGCAUGCAGUCGACUUUGAUCGAAACCAAAGUGACUCCAUGGAGCUGGCCAUGGAGAGCUCCGUGCACCAUUAAUAAGGUCCGGCACCAUAAAGAGGAUGAGAAGAAAGGACAGCAAACCUCAGAUUUGAUUCUGGAAGGAGGGUUGCAUGCUCCCCAUCCUGCACUUUCCUUUGGGAUUUAUAUUUCCUCCCAAAUACCUCUGUAUACACAAUUAAACAAAGCAAUCCUCAACCACAGGCAGUGAAAGCACACUACAGAGGCAGUGACAUUGUUGCACGCUCAGAGGCCAAGAUUGAGAGCUCUGACUCCAACAUUACCGUACAAUAUUACUAUGAGUCUUCCCUCUCAAGUUAAUACUGACAAGAGCGGCAAGCAUCGCGCUGCAGCCAUGAAAGAGCCUGUGCAGCAUUCAGGGGAGGUUUAUUAUGGGAUGGGACCUCCGGCUUUAGAGUCCAGCCACAGUGACUCUGCUAGCAGCUCUGCUGUUUACAACCCUGAGAAAGGGCCCCAAAGUCUACCGCACUAUCAACAGGCUGCUCCAGUAAAGUGGAUGCACCAGGACUCCGUACAGGCCCCCAGCUGGUCUCAGGAAGCUCCUGCUCCUGCUGCAGCCUGGGGGCAGAACUUUGGCCCCUAUAUGAGUGGAGUGAAUGCCAGGGGUCAGAUGGCAUUCCACAAGGGAGUCCAUGAGGGUGUAGCUCUGCCAAUGGGGGGAGAAAAUCAACUGCCAGGAGGACCUGUUGAGGUUUACAGAGAUUCCACCCAACCUCAAGCGCAGGGUAGGGGGCUUGAGUGGGAGCAGCACGCUGCAAUGCACCAGGCUCAGCUGCAAGCUUACCAACACGCCCACAAAGGCGUGGAGGUCCAGGGUCAGCCCCAUGUACCUUCUCACACUUUGCAGGGGUCCAUGCUGCAGCCCUUCCAGACAACAUUUAGGCCCAGCAAGCAACAGUUUUCAUCAGGUUAUUACUCUGUUUUUCCAGGGAACAAGGGAAUACCGAACCUGGCGUACGGCGAGCAGCCUAAAACUCAACAACAGUUGCUACAGCAGAUGCAGCAGCAGCAACAAAUGCACCACCAUCAUCGUCAUCAGCAGCAACAACAGCAACAGCAGUUGCAGCAGCAGCAGCAGCAGCAGCAGCAGCAUCACCUCCAGUUGCAGCAGCAGCAACAUUUGCAGCAACAGCGGCAGCAUCAAAUGCAACAGCAACAACUGCAGCAAAUGCAGCAGCAAUAUCACCAGCAACACAUACAGGAGCGACAGCAACAAAUUCAGCAAAUGCAACAACAGCAGCAAGUGCAACAACAAAAUGUGCCACAGCAAGAAACAACAAAACCACAGGUGCAACCAAAGCAGCAACAAACCCAAAGCUUUGUGACUUUUCAGCCUCCUGAGCUUAGUCCACCCAGCACCGCACCUAAAAAGGAGGAUUUCCAGUCAGUGGAACCAGAGACUCAAACCUGUAAUACAUCACCCGUGCCUGAUCCAUGCCCUGAAAAGGUUGGCACAAAUCCUGCAGAGCCUUCAGAUACACCGCCGGCUGCCCCUCGGCGUUCACGUCGCCUUUCCAGAGACGGACAGUCCCCACUGGGACCUCCUUCGACAAACAUUUGGUCUCAAGCAUCCAAAGAUCCUCCACCACCCCAGAACGGAGUAGCAGGCACUCAGGCUGUGAAAGGAGGGGAAGUGACAACAGGAGGGGUCAUCCGUAGGAGGAGGAGAGCGUCUAAGGAGAUCAACUUGGAGACUCUGGCCCAGAAGGCGUCAGAAAUGGAGUCCCUGCCUGCUAAAAAGCUGGAAGAAGGUUCUUCAGGCAGACAGGCCCCCAUGUUGCCUCUGGUUAUCCCUGUUUCAGUGCCAGUGCACAGGAGUCAAACAGAUCCUCAGGGUGGCUCGAUUCAGGGACGUCUCGGCCAGUAUGAGCGACCAGCAGGACAGCCCGAUAGCAAGCCUUCUGUCAUUGUGGCUCGUCGGCGAUCACUCAGAAACUCCAUGACUGAGAGUUUUGGGCAGGAUGGGGAAAACGAUCCAGGGCCGGACGAGGAUGGAAAAUCCAAAUUUAAGCGCCGACCUCGUCCCGAGCCUCUCAUCAUCCCUCCGCACAAACCAUCCACCUUCAUCCCUCCAUCCCUUUACUCCAGCAUUACUUCCUACCAGAGCAACCUGCGCUCUCCAGUCCGCAUGCCGGACAACCCCCUCACCCUGCCCCCGUACACGCCUCCCCCCAUCCUAUCUCCUGUGCGCGGAGGCUCGGGACUCUACUUCUCCACCUUCCUGACCAACAUCGCUGUAAGCAACCAAAUCCUGCCACCGCCGCCUACACCCAAAUCUGCGACACGCAGUCUGUUGCGUUCUGUAAGUGCAGAGAUCACACCUCCUCUUCUGCCCUUGAUCACUGAUGGUACAACUGUUAGCCUUGAACCACGUAUCAACAUCGGGCAGCUGUACCAGGCAGACAUUCCUGAGUUACAGGAUCAGCCUUCCUCCCAGUUUGACCUGCACAAGGCUGACUUGGUUUGGCUCCCUAUAGAUGACUCCAACCUCAAACUCGGUGGCCCAGAGAGAAUGGAGGAUUUGAUGAACAUGGCUUGUUGCAGUGUGCUCAGCAGCGGAGGAACCAACCAGGAGCUGGUUUUACACUGUUUUCAUGAAUGUGGAGGUGAUUUCCUUGAAACUCUGGGACGUUUGAUGCUACAAGACCCAGUUUUCCCGAAAGGUCAUCACCUGGCAGGUUAUCACUACUCAGGCUCCGACGGCUGGACGGCAGAAGAGAAGCGCUACUUCAACAAGGGGAUCUCUGCCUAUAGGAAGGACUUCUUUAUGGUGCAGAAAUUGGUGCAGAGCAAGACUGUGCAUCAGUGUGUUGAGUUUUACUACACGUACAAGAAACAGGUGAAGAUCGGACGCAGCGGUAUUUUAACCUUCGGCCCUCUAGAUUCACAAGAUGAGAAGCACACGGAUGCUGUGGUGGACGUUAAGUGUGAUUCGUUGCAGUCAAAAUUUGCUCGAAGAGAGACGGAUGGAGACGACAAGAAGGAUGUUUCUUACGAGAGCAGCCAGCAGGCGAGGGUUGCUCAGUCACUACAGGCUCAUGACUAUGCAGGGACAGUGUUGGUGAUCAAAGAGCCGCACUCUGUGAAUAAGGAGGCUCACCACCCGGCAGCACCUUACAGGCCUCGGGCCGAGCCUGCAGCAAAGAAGAGCAAAGCACCGGCGAAGCCCCCGCCGGAUCCUGACGCAAUAUUUCCGUGCAAGAAAUGUGGCAGGGUGUUUUAUAAAGUGAAGAGUCGUAGUGCCCACAUGAAGAGUCAUGCGGAGCAGGAGAAGAAGGCUGCAGCGCUGCGUCAGAAAGAGGAAGAGGAGCAGGCAGCAGCUGAAGCUCGGGCCAGGAAGGCAGCGGCGAUGGCGGCUACCAUGGCGGCGCAUCAGGGAGGAAAUGGGAACAGUGUGACGGAGCAGGCGGAGGUCAGCAGCCAGGAAGACUCAUCUGAGGAAGAGGACGACAAAGAUGAAGACUGGCACUGAGAGACAAAACAGGAGAUAAGAGAAACUGAUGAGAAGAUGGAUUGAUGGGUAAAAAGAGGGAUGAAAAAAAGACGUUUUGCCCGACGGAGAGCACAAUAAAGACGAGAGGAGUGCUUUUCAAGUCUUCCUGUUGAUCUUUGCACUCCUUCCCCAGCUGACUGGCUCCGUUAUCCAUCAGUCAGCCGGUCACACGCCACAUCUUCACACAUUUUGUAUCUUUUAAAUAUUCAGAGGAAGUUUAUUUUUUUGUAAAUGCACUUAUUCCGAAUGCUUCUGCUUUUGCCAAUAUUGCCUUUUUAUAUCCUUUAUUUAAUUGAAUAUAUGUCAAAAAAUAUUAUACAUUUUCAUUGUGUGGACUUAAUGGUUAUGUGAUAUUUCGUAAGAUAAUCAGGAUGCCUGUUUAGCGAUAAAACAUCAAGAUCAAAGCAUUUCACUUUACAGUAGCAGCCCUUUUAAAUGAAUAUAGAGUAAGAGCUUGUAUUAAUCUUUUUCUUCGGAAAAUACUGUGCAGAAUUUUGCAGAUUUCCAUCAGAUUCUUAGGUUGGUUGCACACUUAUUUUUUACAACUAAGGGACCUUUGAAAUGAAUAUGUACAAAAAAAAGUAUAUGAGAUGGCCAUAUAUUUAUGAUACUGCAUUUUUUGCAAUGAUUUUGGUAAUAUAAAAACUAAUCAUGUCAGCUGCAAUGAGACUUGUGAAUUGUAAAGUUUAUUAAAAUCUCUACUGUUCUGAGAA